AACAAAAGAUUCCCCCCCUUUUUCCCUCGUUUUCUACUUUCUCUCUCUAACGUCUAAACCCUCACUUUCUCUCUCUUCUCCUUCUUUCCCAAUUUCAAUUCUACCCCCGCCUCCAUGUCCGGCGGCGCUCCAGCCCGUGAUGGUCCCACCCUGUCGUAUCCUCCUCCUUCUACGGGCUCAGCCGCACCUUCAUCGACGGCUCCUUCCGUUGUUCCGCAGAUACGUCGCUACCUGGCCUUCGCCUCGACGAAGCCUCCGUUUGUUCAACCUGAUGAUUAUUACAGGUUUUCCUCCAGUGCAGUAAAUGCUAGUGAAAUCAUCGCCGAUCAAGAAGUUGAAUCAAUUAUUGUGAGAGCUCCACUACUAAAAAGGAAGAAUACAGUGGACACAAAUGAAGUUGAGUCUAGCCAAUGGACAGGCAGUCUAGGAGUUACCAGCAUCUCCAACAGUCCCUUCCAGACACCUGUAUCUGCUAAAGGAAGGGUAAAUUAUAGAUCAAAGAACCCUAAGGACAAUAAAUCUACACCUCAGACACCUGUGUUAAAUGCUGGUUCUCCAUAUCCUCUUACACCCGCGGGCAACUGCCGGUAUGACAGUUCUUUAGGUCUGUUGACAAAAAAGUUUGUUAAUCUGAUAAAGCAUGCUGAAGAUGGUAUCCUUGACCUCAAUAAGGCUGCAGAAACAUUGGAGGUGCAGAAGAGGAGGAUAUAUGAUAUAACAAAUGUCUUGGAAGGCAUUGAUCUUAUUGAAAAGAAGUUCAAAAACAGAAUACGCUGGAAGGGUGAAGGUGCUUCAAGGCCAGGAGAAACAGAUGGUGAUGUCUCUGUAGUACAGAGAGAAAUUGAGAACCUUUCCAUGGAAGAGCGCAGAUUAGAUGAUCAAAUAAGAGAAAUGCAGGAAAGGUUAAGGGAUUUGAGUGAGAAUGAGAACAAUCAGAGGUGGCUAUUUUUGACAGAAGAAGACAUAAAGGGUAUACCUUGUUUUCAGAAUGAAACCCUGAUAGCAAUUAAAGCUCCACAUGGAACAACACUGGAAGUACCUGAUCCUGAUGAGGAUGUUGAUUAUCGACAGAGGAGGUACAGGAUAAUCCUUAGAAGCACAAUGGGUCCCAUUGAUGUUUACUUAGUCAGCCAAUUUGAGGAGAAGUUUGAAGAGAUAAAUGGCGUUAACCCACCUGUGACUGUCCCACUUGCUUCAAGUUCUGGCUCUAAUGAAAACCAAGUUGAGUUGAUCAAUACGGUGGGCAUCCGAAAGGAGAUUGAACCACAGGCACAGCAAAAUCAUCAAAUCGGCUCUGAUAUUAAUACUUCACAGGAGUCUGUCGGGGGAAUGAUGAGAAUUGUUCCAUCAGAUAUCGACAAUGAUGCAGAUUAUUGGCUUCUAUCAGAUGCCGAUGUUAGCAUUACGGAUAUGUGGAAGACAGAUUCAGGUAUUGAAUGGAGCGGAGUCGAUAUGCUUCAUCCAGACUUCGUAAUGGCUGCUGUUGGUACCCCAAGGCCAGAAACUCCUCCUUCUAGAAUGACUGAAGUGCCAUCUUCCGAUUUUAACUCAACUAAAUAGGUAAAAUGAAUUUCCCUAACCAAGCCCUGCACAAAGAAUGGCAGCACCCCAUAUCUUUAUGUUUACAUGGAUGGUAAGUAUAGGGGUUAUUUGCCAUUCACUGCAUGGUUGAGCUAUUUAUCUAUCCCCUAUGGUUUUAGUUAUAAAAAUAAAACGUGCCGGCAUCGGAAUUCUGGUCCAUCGAAUCUGAGUAUAUACGCACAUUAGCAUCCCUUUGUUGAUUUGAGUUUUUCUUAAUCAGUCAUUAGUUUGACAUAUCAAAAUUCGAAAGCAGCCAUACCAAAUGUAAAUGUGUAGAAUUGGUGCAUUGAGAAGAUGAUCAUUCGGUCCAUCUGUUUUUUCUGCAAUAUCGAUCAUUGUGUACGGAGAUUGUGACCAUAGCAUCCAUAAACAAUCAUAUGAUUAUAGAAAUCCAGUGAUUUUUCUACAGCA